CCAACAGGCAUUCGCUGAGCCAAAGCCUCCAGGAGUCGAAGGAGAGGGAAAUUCUGGCCCUAAAAGGUCUCUCCUUGGGAUUUUGCUCUCUCCACCCAACACAGGCUGGGCGCAGGCAUCCCAGGAGCAGAAUGAGAGGAUGGCCGACCUGCCGCACAUUCCGGGUCCCGAGAACCUCCGCCCCUUCACCCCCGCCUCGCUGGCUGCCAUCGAGCAGCGCAUCGCCGAGGCAGAGGCGCUCAAGGUAAAGCAGCAGCAAGUGGAGCUGCCCGAGGAAGAGGAGAUCAAGCCCAGCAGCGACCUGGAAGCCGGCAAGAACCUGCCCCUCAUCUACGGUGACCCACCGCUGGAGCUCAUCGGGACCCCCCUGGAGGACCUGGACCCUUUCUACAAGGAUAAGAAGACAUUCAUAGUCCUCAACAAAGGGAAGUCCAUCUUCCGCUUCUCGGCGACUCCUGCCCUCUACCUGCUGGGGCCCUUCCACCCCAUCCGCAGAGGAGCCAUCAAAGUGCUUAUCCAUUCAUUAUUCAGCAUGUUCAUCAUGAUCACGAUUUUAACCAACUGCGUGUUUAUGACGCUGAGCAACCCCCCGGCGUGGUCCAAGAACGUGGAAUACACCUUCACUGGGAUAUACACCUUCGAGUCCCUCAUCAAGAUACUGUCGAGAGGCUUCUGCAUCGACAGCUUCACAUUCCUGCGUGACCCGUGGAAUUGGCUGGACUUCAUGGUCAUCUCCAUGGCCUACAUUACCGAGUUUGUGGACCUGGGGAACAUCUCUGCUCUCAGGACCUUCCGUGUCCUCCGUGCCUUGAAAACCAUCACCGUGAUACCAGGGCUGAAGACGAUCGUUGGGGCUCUGAUCCAGUCGGUGAAGAAGCUCUCGGAUGUCAUGAUCCUCACCGUCUUCUGCCUGAGCGUGUUCGCCCUAGUUGGUCUCCAGCUCUUCAUGGGGAACCUCCGGCAGAAGUGCGUGCGGUGGCCCCCCCUCAAUGACACCCUGCUGGGGGACUUGGGACUGGACAACGACACGUUAGCCAACACAACGCUCUACAGCAACUUCACCGACAGCAUCGCCAGCGACUUCGCCGGCAACUUCACCAGCAACUUCACCAGCAACAACACCUUUGAUUUCGAGGCCUACAUCAACGAUGAAGCCAAUUUCUACUUUCUGGAGGGAGCGCUUGACGCCCUGCUCUGUGGGAACAGCAGCGAUGCUGGGAAAUGCCCUGAAGGGUACCAGUGCAUGAAGGCGGGGAGGAACCCGAACUACGGCUACACCAGCUACGACACCUUCAGCUGGGCUUUCCUGGCCCUCUUCCGCCUCAUGACGCAGGACUUCUGGGAGAACCUCUUCCAGCUGACACUGCGUGCAGCAGGGAAAACGUACAUGAUCUUCUUCGUGGUGGUUAUAUUUCUUGGUUCCUUCUACCUCAUCAACCUCAUCCUCGCAGUGGUGGCCAUGGCUUACGCAGAACAAAACGACGCCACGAUGCUGGAGGAGCAGCAGAAGGAGGAGGAAUUUCAGCAGCUCAUGGAGCAGCUGAAGAAGCAUCAGGAGGAGCAAGAAAAGAUGUUGCAGGACCGGCGGUCCAGCAGCGGUUCCCUGCCCAGCAGCGUGGCCGAAAAGGAGCGCGACUCGGACCUGAACAGUGACCAGGACAAGGCAAAGGACUGCAACGGGCAAGUGGUCCCCAAGGUCGUGCUGGAGCGGUCUGCUACGGUGAUCAAUUUCAACCCAACCAAUGAGACGGAGAAAUCAGACCACAACCACCUCACUAUGGGCAACCAAGAUGGGCCAGGCCUCGAGAAGAGGGUGGGGAGCGCCAUCAGUGUCAUCUCCAACACUGUGGAAGAGCUGGAGGAAGCGCACCAGAAGUGCCCAUCCUGGUGGUACAAAUUUGCCCACACGUUCCUGGUCUGGAACUGCUGUCCUCUGUGGCUGAAGCUGAAGGAGUUUGUCAAGCUGGUGGUGAUGGACCCCUUUGUGGACCUGGGCAUCACCAUCUGCAUUGUGCUCAACACAGUCUUCAUGGCCAUGGAGCAUUAUCCCAUGAUGGAGGAGUUUGAGAACAUGCUGACCGUGGGGAACCUGGUCUUUACGGGGAUCUUCACGGCGGAGAUGGUCCUGAAACUCAUUGCUUUGGACCCCUACGAGUAUUUCCAGCAGGGCUGGAAUAUCUUUGACAGCAUCAUUGUUACCCUGAGCCUGGUGGAGCUGGGCCUGGCCAACGUGCAAGGGCUCUCCGUGCUCCGCUCCUUCCGCUUGCUGAGGGUUUUCAAGCUUGCGAAGUCCUGGCCCACCCUCAACAUGCUCAUCAAGAUCAUCGGUAACUCGGUGGGCGCCCUGGGGAACCUCACGCUGGUGCUGGCCAUCAUCGUCUUCAUCUUUGCCGUGGUGGGGAUGCAGCUCUUUGGGAAGAGCUACAUAGAGUGCGUGUGCAAGAUCUCUCUUGACUGCACGCUGCCCCGCUGGCACAUGAAUGACUUCUUCCACUCCUUCCUCAUCGUCUUCCGCAUCCUCUGCGGGGAGUGGAUCGAGACCAUGUGGGACUGCAUGGAGGUGGCCGGCCAGACCAUGUGCCUCAUCGUCUUCAUGAUGGUCAUGGUCAUCGGGAACCUCGUGGUGCUGAACCUGUUCUUAGCUUUGCUGCUGAGCUCCUUCAGCGCUGAUAGCCUGGCGGCGUCUGAUGACGACGGAGAGAUGAACAAUUUGCAGAUCGCGAUUGGCAGGAUCACCAAGGGGAUCAACUUUGUAAAGACCGCUGUCCUCACGCUGCUCCGCAGGCUGUGGAAGGGGAAGAAGGUGGCCCCGGAGGAAGAGCAAGAGCACAGUAAGAGGGACAACUCUGUGCUAAACCACAUGGACGCUGGCCAGGACCCCAAGUCAGAGUACCUGGACGGAAUCACUGGCAAAGAGCAUUUUUUCAUGGAUGAACUGGACCACAUGAAUUUCAUUAACAACCCCAACCUGACGGUGCAAGUCCCCAUCGCCUCGGAGGAGUCUGACCUCUACGAGGAGACGAGCACCCAGUCCGACACCGAAGAUGCCAAGAAUCCCCUCUCCAGCGACAAUGCAUCGUCUCUGUGCAGCACUGUGGAUUACAAGCCUCCGCCACCGGUGGAGGAGGAGGUGGCAGAAGAGGCUGAGGGCAGCAACGAGCCCGAGGAGUGCUUCACCGAAGCCUGCGUGAAGCGGUUUCCCUGCCUCUAUGUGGACGUCACCAGCGACAGAGGGAAGAUAUGGUGGAACAUCCGGAAAACCUGCUUCCGAAUUGUGGAGCACGACUGGUUCGAGACCUUCAUCGUCUUCAUGAUCCUCCUCAGCAGUGGGGCACUGGCUUUUGAGGACAUCUACAUUGAACAACGAAGGGUGAUACGCACCAUCCUGGAGUACGCCGACAAGGUCUUCUCCUACGUCUUUGUCAUUGAGAUGUUGCUCAAGUGGGUGGCCUACGGCUUCAAGGUGUACUUCACCAACGCGUGGUGCUGGCUGGAUUUCCUCAUCGUCGAUGUUUCCAUUAUCAGCCUGACAGCAAACUGGCUGGGAUACUCCGAGCUGGGAGCCAUCAAGUCCCUGCGGACGCUGAGGGCUCUGAGACCACUGCGUGCCCUGUCCAGAUUUGAAGGCAUGAGGGUGGUGGUGAACGCCUUGCUGGGCGCCAUCCCCUCCAUCAUGAACGUCCUGCUGGUCUGCCUCAUCUUCUGGCUGAUAUUCAGCAUUAUGGGGGUGAACCUCUUUGCGGGGAAGUACUACCGAUGCGUCAACACCACCUCGGGGGACCUCUUUGACAUCAGCGUGGUGAACAACAAGAGCGACUGCAUGGCCCUCCUCUACACCAACGAGGUCAGAUGGGUCAACGUCAAGGUCAACUUCGACAACGUGGGCUUGGGAUACCUCUCCUUGCUGCAGGUGGCGACCUUCAAAGGCUGGAUGGACAUCAUGUACGCCGCCGUGGACUCACGCGAGAUUGAAGAGCAGCCAGUGUACGAGAUCAACCUCUACAUGUACAUCUACUUCGUCAUCUUCAUCAUCUUCGGCGCCUUCUUCACCCUGAACCUCUUCAUCGGCGUCAUCAUCGACAACUUCAACCAGCAGAAGAAAAAGUUUGGAGGCAAAGACAUCUUCAUGACGGAAGAGCAGAAGAAAUACUAUAAUGCCAUGAAGAAGCUCGGCUCCAAGAAACCCCAGAAGCCCAUCCCCAGGCCAUCGAACAAGUUUCAAGGGAUGGUGUUUGACUUUGUUACCAAGCAAGUGUUUGACAUAACCAUCAUGAUCCUGAUUUGUCUUAACAUGGUGACCAUGAUGGUCGAAACAGAUGAUCAAAGCGAACUCAAAACAUCUGUCCUCUACAAGAUCAACCUGGUCUUCAUUGUCAUCUUCACCGGAGAGUGUGUGCUCAAAAUGUUCGCCUUGCGCUACUACUACUUCACUAUCGGCUGGAACAUCUUUGACUUUGUGGUGGUCAUCCUCUCCAUCUUAGGUAUCGUCCUCUCGGACAUCAUAGAGAAGUACUUCGUAUCACCCACCCUCUUCAGGGUCAUCAGGCUGGCAAGGAUUGGUCGUGUCCUCCGGUUGAUCCGAGGGGCAAAAGGUAUCCGGACUCUCCUGUUUGCUCUGAUGAUGUCCCUGCCUGCCCUGUUCAACAUCGGCCUCCUGCUUUUCCUCGUCAUGUUCAUCUACUCCAUCUUCGGGAUGUCCAACUUCGCCUAUGUAAAGAAGGAGGCAGGGAUCGAUGACAUCUUCAACUUUGAAACUUUUGGAAACAGCAUCAUCUGCCUCUUCCAGAUCACCACAUCAGCUGGAUGGGAUGGCCUCCUCAGCCCAAUCCUGAACAGCGGGCCCCCCGACUGCGACCCCAACCUGGAAAACCCCGGCAGUUCGGUAAAAGGGGACUGUGGCAAUCCAUCCAUUGGCAUCUUCUUCUUCUGCAGCUACAUCAUAAUUUCCUUUCUCAUCGUGGUGAACAUGUACAUUGCCAUCAUCCUGGAGAACUUCAACGUGGCCACGGAGGAGAGCAGCGAACCCCUCUGUGAAGACGAUUUUGAAAUGUUUUAUGAAACUUGGGAGAAGUUUGACCCAGAUGCCACCCAAUUCAUUGCGUACAGCACCUUGUCUGACUUUGUAGACACCUUACAGGAGCCACUCAAAAUUCCCAAGCCAAACAAGAUCAAGCUAAUCACCAUGGAUCUACCAAUGGUUGCUGGGGACAAAAUCCACUGUCUGGAUAUCCUCUUUGCCCUGACUAAGGAAGUGCUGGGAGACUCGGGAGAGAUGGAUGCCCUGAAGACCACCAUGGAGGAGAAGUUCAUGGCUGCGAACCCCUCAAAGGUUUCCUAUGAACCCAUCACCACCACUCUGAAAAGGAAACAUGAGGAAGUCUGUGCUACAAAAAUCCAGAGGGCUUUCCGGAGGUACCUCCUGAGGCGCUCGGUGAAGCAGGCAUCCUACAUGUACAGGCACAGCAAGGAUGAGGAUGCCCUGAGAGAGGAUGCACCCGAGAAGGAAGGUCUGAUCGCCACCAAAAUGCACGAGAUGUAUGGGAACAGUGGGACAGAUGUGGAGACAGCCCCUGCCUUUGGUCUUGCACCCAUUCCCAGCUCAGAGACUCGAGAUGCUCCUGGUGAAGCAAAAGCAUGGGAUAAGGAACGCGUUGUGAAAGAGUCGCUGGUAUAACAGAAAGAGGCUUCCAUCUCUCGCCCAGCCUGAAAGGACUUCAUUUGUGUCUCCUUUUCAAGAGCUCUUCCAUAUACAGAUCAAUAGAUCUUAGAUAUUGAGCUAAUUUCAGAUAUUUCAAGUAGACACCUUAACUUUCGAAGCAGGAUCUCUUACUGAUCCUGGUUUUUACAGCUCACUGCACAUGCAAAGAGUUUAAUAUUUUUCUUACGAGAAUUAAAUGUGAAAUCUAUUAUUGGUGAAAGAGAAACAUUUUAGUUUUGAAAUGAUCUCAUCAUGGUAACAAUGUUUUUCAGACAUUAAAAAAUGAGUAUGGCUGUCCUUUUACUUAAAGUAAUUAUUUAUUAAUGUUAUUUCACAAUUAAGAGAUUUUCUUGUAUAUUAUUCUUCCAGAGUGCAGCCAAGUAGCCCGUGAAAGAUGAGCCAAGUGAAAUAAUAUUAAGAAUAAUUACAGAAAAGUCAAGGUUUUGUGAACAAAAAUCACCAAUGUCUUAAAGUAGCACCUUUCUUUUGAAUAUUUGAAUAAGCUUUAUGGAUUAUUUUUUUGUUAUAUAAAGAAAAAGAGCAAUUAUGUCUUAAAGAUUUGUUUGCAUAGCCAAAACAAAGCAUCUGCAGAUAUGUUCUCAGGGUUAAAUAUCAGGUUUUAAAGGUCUCUGAAUAUGUAUUGAAAUCAUAAAUCAUUCAGGUCUCUACGGUACGAAUGUAAACUGUAUUUAUAGUCACGCUUCUUCUCUGUUUUCCUGUUUUGUCCGGAUUUUGUGGCAGGAAAGCAAUGGACAAAGGUAGGGUUUGGAAAACCUCCUCCAAGAAUCCCCAGUCCCCGUAACAAAACCCUCUAGGGUUUCCUCAAGCCUCACAGCAAGAGGAAAUGUCCCGCUGGAGUGCUCUUGGUUAGCGUUAAUUAACGAGACGCAUCCCCGGGGAUCGGAGCAGGUGUUUGAACGGUCCUUGCAAUGAGCUGCCUCAAGGGUGUCCCUUAAAUCCCAUCGGCCACCGAGCACCGGGGGCCUUAAUUAACGCAAUGAACGCUCCCACCGGGGUGUAAAUCCCAAAAUACUCAGGCGGAGCAUCUUUCCCUUGGCUGGGGCUCUGGAGAUGACCCGGUGGCACGUGCUGGGGUCUCUGCAGAGCCUGAUGGGGCCAGGCAGGUCCUCACGAGGAAACCUCCCAGCAGAGGAGCAUUUUCCCAGGGGGGAAGGGUUCUGCUGCUCUUUACGCAGGUGGGCGAAAGGAAAGUAAAGCAAGAAAAAUGUGCAAAAGGCCCCGAGUUCAUCUCUGGACCGCCUUCUGCCUUCAAAAGGGAAAAAAACCUCUUGAGAUCAAAACAAACAUGAACCAAAACCUCUUCCAGUUAAAACAAGGGCUGCUUCUUGAAGCCAAAGGGUCUGUCUUUUUGUAUUAUUAUUAUAAUUUUCUUUUCUUGGGCUGAUUUUGGCGCUGAGCCAUUACGGAUGCCCCAUGUUCAGGCUGGCCAGGAGCGGUGCUGAGCUUGCUUGCAUCCACGUGCUGUCGGCCAGGCAGCAGAGCCGGGGUCGCUCUGCUCGUCCCGUAGCGUUGUGCUUUCGUUUCCAUGUUGCAUAGGGUGAUGCUCCCUGGAACAGGAGCCUGACCUGCUUUAAAUGGUGUUUGCGUGGGAAGCAUCCAUGGCACAGCGGUUUCCAGCCCAGAUUGUGGUUCACAAUCAAUGCUGCUUGUACGUGUGUGUCGUCGGUGAUGGGAAAAAUGCCAAAGAGCAGGAUUUGUGUGAGCUAAAGCCAUUUUUCUUUGUACAUUUCUUAAAAUAAACAACUGUAAAUGGUC